GUCGAGCGGGGCAGCGGGGGAGGGGGGGGAUCUGGGUUCCGGGGAGGCUACACAUAUGCAGCGGGAGGAUGCCAGAGGUCAGUUUGACGACAGCGAAGAUGAGGCGACACCACGUCCGCCGUUUUCCCCGUCGAGGGAAAGAGAUAGGUCCGUGCUGUCCAUACCUGGGGUCCGGCAACAGACCGCAACGGAUCCCGGAGUAGAGGGAGUCCUGUGUGGGUCUGACUUGGAGCCCACCGAGGGCCAUGGUGCGGAAGGCGAGGCCGUGGGCGGGGAGGGAGUGCAGGGCACUCCCCAAAAAAGGAGGGGAGAAUGUCAAGAAGAGUUGGUGGGCUCUUCGAAGAAACAGAAGACCAAGACCCCGAGGACCGCGGGAGAGAAACGAAAGGGGAGGGGGGUGGAAGAGGGCCACCCGGGUAGCAAACGUUUAACUUCGAAACACAAACAGCCUGAGUCGGGACCUUUUUCACCACGGCCUGCCAUCGACGUGGACGCCGGGUACUUCCUGAAGUACAAAGACGGCGUCAGGACAAGGCGGGAGUUUGAGAUCAGCCCGGCUCAGAUCGUUGACAUAAGGGAGUGGGAGGAUCUUUACAACCAGCGGUCGUUAGAUCCCGUCCUCGUGGAAACGAUAAGGGAAGCAAUGCGGUCUGCGUUCGAAAAUAAAGAACAGACGUACGAGUUGCCGGUCUUCAAGCUCGCACCACUGGGGCUUCAAAAACCAACUCCUGGGACCAAGGCACAACGUUUGAAGCCAGAGGAGCAGAAGGAUGAGCUGGCGGGAGAAUACUACUACUACGCGGUGUGUGGGCAGCAGAACGCGGCUGCAGCCAGGUCGCUGCUCGGCAGUGAGGUGGCCAAGAAGUACAAUUUCGAGCGGUGGCCGGCACGGAUGGUGUACUUUUUCGACGAUGACUUCGAAGGGUAUUUUCUUGUUAGUUCACAGGACAACAAGAAGGACCUGAAGGCGCCUUCCAGACAGUUGAAACUUUCUAUGAAAGACAUUCGAUGGCAGUGGAAGCAUGACGGCUGCCCGAGAGUUGUGAUGGGGAACCCUAGCGGGAAACAAGAUCAGGUCCGGGCUUGGCGUAAGUUUUGUACAACGACGCUCCAUAAGGCGCCUCAAAACAGCUUGUGGCUUCUCGCGGAUCAAAAGGAAGAGGAGGCCACUAAGAAGCAAAAUGCUGCCCUGCGUUCUUACUUACCUCUGGCGAUGGCCGGGGAAAAUGUCUGGAAACUGGGCGUGGAAUUUUUCGAAAAAUGGGAGACGGGCAGAUUGUUGAGCCACGAUGGGGCGAAGUGGACCGUCAAAGAGAAGAAGGUCAAAAACGGCAGCGUCUACGGGGAUAUGGAACGGAAUUCGACCCAAUUCGUGGGUCUUCUUGAUUUUCUUGGCAAGAAGGGAGAGGGUGUCGUGUUCCUUGGGAAACCGCACGCGCGAAGCGUCUGGGAGCUUCUGAAGGCCGGCCGGCACGUUGUCGCAAUGGAAGGGAACUCCGACCUCUUGCAAUUCACGAUGCAGGUGGUGAAAAGCGAGGUCAAUUCGAGUGGGCACAAUUGUGAGUUCAUGGUCGUGCGGCCAACACGGGAUAAGGUGUGGAGCAAGAAGACGGAUAUGUGGUUCAAGUUGAGCGAGAGGAAGAGGAACAAGAUAUACGAUUUCUUGUUCCUUCAAACGCGUCUGAGGAGGGACACUGACGCCGAGUACAUCCGCCGGAAGGACCACAUGUUGGCACUGUUCGACAACUACCACUUCGCCUCCCGCAUCAACGCGAAGACGUUUAUCGAAAGUCUGCAGUCGCUGUACUUCAUGGAGUCCGAGGAGCAGUUGAAGUUAGCCAGUUACGCUUCCCUGAUCUCCACUGACGCCGAGGAAGCCAUAGGUGUGGAGUUUGUCGCCAGCGCGAAGGAGGAGGAGAGCGACACGGAGAGCAUCGACCUGCAGUACGACCCGCCUCCGGCGGACCACGGCCGAGGGUCCUCGUCGGCCGGUCCAUCACCAAGCGUUGCAGCCCUCGUGUCACCAUUGGCCAAAGCGGCGUCGGGCACCACGCCGAUGAAGUUGCUGGAGAGACUUAGAGCUUUGGCCGCCCCCCUGCCCGCUUUGCGUCCCGGGUCCGUUGUCCCGCCCGAUCAUCCGUAUUGGAAGGAUGACAACAUCCACUUCCUGCUUGAACCGCAACGUCAUUCACCUGAGCAGGACAGGGGCCAUGACAUGGUUUGGCAUCCGGGAGUAAUCCAGCCAGCGAUACGAAAUGGCGAGUGGGUCAUGGCCGUGGCAAUCCCGGGCGAGGGAUGGGUGUCAUUCCCACGCGACAUUGCGGCGCGGGACGGAGACGCCGGAAAGGUGUCGCCUGAGCGGGAGCGACGGCCGCAAGGAUUGCAGCAGGAGGCUGCAAGUGCAGGGUCCGGUGACACGGAGACCACGAAGUCCGCCGAGAUCCGAACUUCUUCGGGCGGGGUUUGUCGGCCAGGGAUUGUCGUGCCGUUGAGAGGGGCAGCGUGCACGGGGACGGAAGGGCGGUCCUCGCGAUUCGGCACGGGUACCGCGGAAGGGGACGAGUUUCGUGGGAGGGAAGUAGGGGAGGAAAUGGAGGAACAGAAGGGAGCGCAAGAAGGGAAGGAAGAAGGGGAAGAAGAGGUGGAAGGGGAGGAAGCGGGAGAAACGGAGCUAAUUGAUUUGUUUGAAGGAAGGGAGGGUGCCGGGUCUGGAGAAGACGAAGUGGAACACAGUGAGGACGAUGCCAGAUCUGGAGAGUCGUCUGACGAGUUUGGACAACUGUACGGAGAGCAUCACGAGGAUGAUGUCGAUGACGAUGCCACGACAAUAGAGAUGGAGACACAAGUGGUCAGCAGCCUUUGCGCAGAGCCUGAAGAUUAUGCGGUCUGGCCACUGACGUCUACUGUCGACUUGCAGCACCGGUUCGACGAGGCUUCUGUCGCUAUCAGCCCGUCUGAAAAAAGUCGACGUAUAAGCAUCGACGAAGUUAUCGACGGUAUCCUUGGCGACCACAACGUGUCUGCCCGUCCGUCCGCAACUGCCAACGUCGCAUCUUUCGUGGCAGCUGCCCUCGCUUCGUCGCCGCCGAAGUCUCUGGUGCUGCAGGCCACCCUUGCCACCGAAGGGGAAGGCGAGUGCGGUGGAGGACAACAUGUGACGUCCCCAAAAAAAUCGAGGUUCGGCGGUCAGGUUCUCGACGUGCUCGCUUUGUCUGCACCAAAUUCACCAUCGAAGGAGCGGAGAGAGAAACAGACUGGUAAGCCGUGAAGAACGCCUGCGCAUACGGAUGUCGCCGGAUUACAGUCCGCGCUAUACACACGACGACU